AUAUUUUAUUCGAAUAUAAUAUUUCUUCUCGUUCUAAAUUAAAAUUUAGUCGGAUUAAGCUAAGACUGUCAGUUCCAUAUUUCAAAAUAUUUACUUAAUUGUUCAUUUAUUAUUAUUAUUAUUAUUAUUAUUAUUAUUAUUAUUAUUGUUAUUAUUAUUAUUAUUAUUAUUAUUAUUAUUAUUAUUAUUAUUAUUAUUAUUAUUAUUAUUAUUAUUAUUAUUAUUAUUAUUAUUAUUACUAUUACUACUACUACUACUACUACUACUACUACUACUACUACUACUAUUUCUAUUAUCUGCUUUAGAAUUCAUAUAUUUUACUUAAUAAUAGUAUAUCUGAGUUUUAUUUAUUGCUUUUGUUAAAAUAUUGUGCAAGGUAUAUUGUUGCGAAGUUUAAAAAUAAAGUGACUUAAUUUCUUCAUAAUGUCAUAUCCAUAUAAAUGAUUUAUUUACUUAUUCAAAUGUAUAACUUGCAAAGAAAUAAUAUAUGACUUAUUUUAAUUCCAAUUUACCUCUCUUUAUUUUAUAUGUAAAUAUAUAAAAAUAUCUUGUAGUUUCAAUUACAAAGGAUACAUACAUUUUUAUUAUAUUUAUGUGAAAUAAACAUGACAAAAUUACAUAUUAUAAUUAUUAAGCAUUAAUAUUAAUAAAAUAUUAAAAACAAACUAACUUAUAUUCUUAUAUACAAAAAAAAAUGCUGUAGAAAAUAAAUUUAAUUAUACAAAUAAAUUGCAUUAUGUAUGUAUUCUAUAAGCUGUUUUGGAAAGUAUUAAUUUCAUAUUUCUAUAAAUAUAAUAUAACUUAACUUAAAUAUGAAUUAAUCAAUUAUAAAUUCAUCCGAAUUAUUUUAUAUAAAUAAUUUGCAUUUGUAAAUAUAUGUUGGAAUAUUUAUUCGUAAUUGUUGAAAUUAAUGUAAUGUUUAAAUAUUCGCGCUUAUUCGUGAACAGAAUAGUUUGAAGAUUCAUCGUCAGAUGGCGAUAGCAACGGGCACAUCCGCAGAAUCAAAAAAGACAGCUGGGAAGUGUAACAUCACACAUCGAUUCGGCGGCCCUACAAGCUCGAAAAACUUUUCGUUUUCGCGUUUCUUGUGAUUGCUGAUAUUUCUUUAGGAAAUAAACGGUGUUCGUCGCAUUUGUUUGAACGAAACGCGUGUGGUGCGGUGUAGAAAGUGACCAUUUUACUGAUACGAACCGAUGUGCUGAUACAAACGUGACUGUUGGUUAUGCGGUGGUUCCUGUCACGAACAGCAGCCCUUGUUCAACCCCCGUUUCACGAGUUUCGCAGCGACGAAGGAGGGAAGCUCUGCAUGAUACAAGCGUGGCGGUCACUGCAUUGCGAUUGGCGGCGCUGCAAUACCGUCGACGAGAUAUCAACGAGGAGGACGACGGCGACGGCGACGACGACGACGACGACGACGACGACGACGACGAGGACGUCGACAAGAACGACGGCGUGAUCGUGUCGCGGGGGUGGUGGGGUUGAAAAUCGGCGCUUGCCCGGUGUCUCCUGUAUACCUCUAUCUCCCCUCGAUUUCCUUCCCCUUUUUCCAUCCACUGCCCCCUAUAUUCUCCGUGCCGGUGCCUCUUACUCCUACCCACGUGCGUAAGAGGUACGUGUGCGUGCGGUGGAGGCGCGUAGGCACGCACACGCGACCCGCUGUAGAAAACGUAGCGCAGCAUUGUCGACGCGCCUGCGCCGGCCGAUUGUUCGGUGGAGGGGCGGCGCGUAGUGGGGGGCGCGUGUCACCUGUCUCGGUGGUGCGCGGUGUCAGUGUAACGGCGACCGCCGUGAGUUACGGAUCGUUUGCGAAGUGGUGUUGCGUUUGGUGUCGUCUGAUCGCACGGUGCAUCGGGAUAAACGCAUACUACGAUCGCAUAUCUACGUACGUGUGCCGAUUCGUCGUUGCCUACCUCUUUCGCGUACACGCACGCGCCUUCUCUCUCUCUCUCUCUCUCGCUCGCUCGCUCGCUCUCUUUACCUCUCUCACCGCCUCUCUCUUACCUCCCCCCACUCAAAUACCUCCCCCGUCCCUUUUUCGAUCGCCGAUUUUCGGAUCCGUCGAGGUGCGUGCGGGCACGCCGCGUUCGAUCUCGUGAAUGUGCGCGAUCAGGAAGCCGGUCGUCCGCAAGGAAACAUGCGUGAGCAGAGCUGGAGGACAACGACUGCGACAACGACGAGGAACACGCUGCACGUGACUGCGGCACCCUCGCACGUUCUGCUGCAGUGAGUGGAGAGAAAGGGAGGAAAAAGAGAGUGAUAGAAACACGUCCUUUCUCCUUCCGCUGUUACGUCGGAGCCUGUGCUUGCUAACGGGGAGUAAAAAAGAGUGCCGGUGGUUGGUGCGGUAUUCGUGAGUUACCGAGGAUCUUUCUCCUUUUUUUCUCGUGAUCUACGGAGGAGACUACGAAUCCUGGCACGUUUUCGGUGUCGUUCGAACCACCCGAGAGAAGAUGAGGCGUACCAUCUUGGAAACGAGGAUGCACCCCGUGUUAUCCUGUUGGUGCGUUGUCGCCACUGUCACCCUCGUCCUCGCAGCGUGGCAGGAAAACAUCAGGCCGAAGAUGUACGUCCAACUCGGUGCGGAAGAUGUGUUCAGGUUUACGGGGAACGAGACGCACACAGACUACUUUCGGCUGGUACUCCGGGACGGGAACUAUCUUCUGGUCGGCGGAAGAAAUCUCGUGCACAAUCUGAGCCUGACCGAUUUGACCGAGCAGCAGAGGUUGACUUGGUACUCGACCGACAGUGACGUGAAGAUGUGCCUGGUGAAGGGCACGCCGGAGGAGAACUGCCAGAACUACAUUCGCAUCCUCGUCAAGACGGACGCGAACACGUUGCUUGUGUGCGCGACUAACGCGUUCAAGCCGAUGUGCCGCGACUACGGGGUGCACGCCGGCAAUUACACGAUACUGAAGGAGAAGGGUGGCCAGGCGAUGUGCCCGUACGACCCGAGGCACAACAGCACCUUCGUUUACGUGGACGGGGAGCUUUACACGGGCACGGUGGCCGAUUUCGCGGGGAUGGACCCGAUCAUCUACAGGGAGCCGCUCCAAACCGAGCAGUACGACUCCAAGAGCCUAAACGCGCCAAACUUUGUCAACUCCAUGGCCCAGGGAGACUUCGUCUACUUCUUCUUCCGGGAGACCGCCGUGGAGUACAUCAAUUGCGGCAAGACCGUCUAUUCUCGCGUAGCGAGAGUCUGUAAAUACGAUCGAGGUGGUCCGCAUCGAUACCGCAAUAGGUGGACCUCGUUCCUAAAAUCCCGUCUUAAUUGCUCCGUUACCGGAGACUUUCCUUUCUACUUCAAUGAGAUACAAUCGACGACGGAAUUGAUAUCGGGCCAGUACGGCAAUAAGUCGGCGCAGUUGAUAUAUGGGACGUUCACCACCCCGGUGAACAGCAUAAGCGGCUCGGCCGUGUGCGCCUUCUCCUUGCAGGACAUCACCGACACGUUCAAGGGCAAUUUCAAGGAGCAGAGCGCGAUCAACUCGAAUUGGCUGCCGGUGCAGAGCACCAAGGUGCCCGACCCAAGGCCCGGCCAGUGCGUCAAUGAUUCCCGAUCUCUGCCCGAUCUCACCCUCAACUUUAUCCACACGCACUCCCUAAUGGACGAGCUGGUCCCGAGCUUCUUCGGCCAACCCAUCGUCAUUCGCACCAGUUUCCAUUACAGGUUCACGCAGAUCGCCGUCGAUCCCCAGGUGAAGACCCCGGGCGGCAAGACGUACGACGUGUUGUUCAUCGGGACGGACAACGGGAAGGUGAUCAAGGCGGUGAACGCCGAGUCGGCGGACACUCACCUUAAGGUCAGUCCCGUGGUGAUCGAGGAGAUCCAGGCGUUCCCCUCUACGGUGCCCGUGCGAGGCAUCAAGGUGGUGAGGGCGUCGCAGGCGGGCGACGGCCUCGAGGACGGCCGACUGGUCGUGAUCGCCGAUAGCCAGGUGCAGGCGUUGAGGCUGCACCGUUGCUACAGCGAUAGGAUCUUGUCGUGCGGCGAGUGCGUGGCCCUUCAGGACCCGUACUGCGCCUGGGACAAGGUGGAGGGCAAGUGCAGAGCUUUGGUCGGGCCGGCCGCCACAGACGCGAGCAGAUUCCUUCAGAGCGUCGCGACCGGGUUGCACGCCUCCUGCCCGCCCAGCAAAAGUCUGAACAAGGACGCCGGCAGCGUUGGCGCCAUCUCCGCGAACCAGAAUAAAUUCCCACCCGACUCGAUGAUCCCCAACAAGGAAGGCCAAGGGGGGGAGAUCAUCAAUAUCAUGCAGGACGAGGAGCAGGACAAUUCAGGUCCGGAGGUAUCGGCGGCGGACUCCCCCCCUCCGCAAUACUCGGUGGAGACUCUGGUGAUGGCCGUGGUGGCUGGCGCGUUAGCCGCUCUGUUAGUCGGCUUCGUGGCUGGCUACCUGUGCGGCAGGAAAUGUAGAAAGGACGAGGACGAUAAUCUGCCGUAUCCGGACACGGAGUACGAGUACUUCGAGCAGCGGCAAAAUGUGAACAGCAGGCUAGCGCCGGAGCCGAAAUUACUGCCCCAGGAGGAGGUGACCUACGCCGAGCCUGUCCUGGUUCCGCAGCCGCCCAAGCUCCACUCGCCGAAAGGAACGAUGCGCAAACCACCACCGACCCCGACGGAAACGCUGUUCCAGUUCCCGGACGGGUACGGGUUCCGCGGGGCGAGGGACAACUUCGGCACCCUUCGCUCCCACCAGGGCGACGCGUAUCGGCGCAACGACGGGUUCGCGACCACCCGCAGCGUGAAGAAGGUUUAUCUCUGAGAAACGAGCGAGGAGGGAGGUGGCCGUCACCGGAGCUUAGGGCGGCCAGCGCGCAACCGGCACAACGCGACCACGGCGGCAAGGAGUAGUCGCGCUGUGACGUCAGGGGGACAGUCGAACCGCGAGCUCGCGGGGCCCAGGGCGCUAGAGUCGCCCUCGCCACCCUCGAGCGUUUCGUCCAGUUCCCCGUCUCCUCCCUCCUCGUCACCCUCGCCGACCCUCGUACCGAUCGCCAUGAGCGGCGGUGGCUCGCCCCCGCCGCCGACACCGCCCUGCAGCUACAUAUAUCGAUCAUAGUCGUCGUCGACCACGUCGGCGUCGGCCUCGUCACCGCCGCCGUCGUACUCGGCUUCUUGUUACGCGACGCCAGCCGCUGGGACGCCGUUCUACAGCCCAGCCGCGCGUCCCGAUCCUGUAUAGUAGCGUGUUCACCGCACACAUUACCCACCCACUCCCCCACCCUCCCGUGUGAUCGAGCGAGAGUCAGAUCAUUUUUUCAAACUUUCCCUUUCGUUUCUCGUUCCCUUUCGUUCCGCGCUCCUUGCGUUCCCCGCUUGAUCCUCGGUUGCCUUUCAGACCGAUACGCGCGUCGAUCCAGUCUACCAGGAUUGCCGAGUAAGCGAUCAUCACCACGAUCAUCGCCACGCUUCGAGCCGCUUCGUCGAGGGAGAUUUCUGUAAUAAAGAAAGGUUCGAGAGAGAUUUUUCAAGAAGGAGGAGAGACAGCAGAGAGAGAAAGGAAAGAGUAUGUGUAGAAGAGGUGAGAUGAAGAAGGCGCGUCGAUCGAGCUUCGCUCGGUGAUCAGACUCUCGAUCGGCGAGAUGGUGCGUCGAAUCGUUCGCGAUAGAAUCGUGGCGAUCUCCGCCGUUUUAUAUCGAUCGUUUCUUAUUAUUAUUAUUAUUAUUAUUAUUAUUAUUAUUAUUACUAUUAUUAUUGCUACUACUACUACUAUUAUUACUACUACUACUACUACUACUACUACUAUUGACGAUACCCGCGCGUAGUAUUACGACAAAGGUUACUUCUCGUGAAGUCAAUUAAAAGAGACUAUCGUCGGACUCGACUUGCGAUUUUUCUAAUGUUGUAAUAUUUAAACGCGAGUGAUUGACAGUGCCAUUAUUGUUCGCGUAAUACUACCGCGUGCCUCGAAAAAAUUUUUUAAGGGAUCGCGCGAUUAUAUUACUAAUCGGUCGUCGCGAGCCGAUUCUUGUUCUUCUCUUAACGCUCUCGACCAAGGGUCGAGAAUGAGAAAAUGAGAUGCCAUCUUGAUGAUAUCUUCGUAUUAGUCACGGCAUCGUGCCAUAAACACACACGCAUACACACACGCAUACACACACACUCGCAUCGAUUUCACCGGAGUAAAAAAUCGCGGAGAUCGUCACGCCGCCUUUACGAUGUGUUGGUUAAUCGAGCAAGAAGACUCUCUUCAAGUGUCAGGCAGUUUGACGAAACGGAGUUACCGCCGAGAGAUUCCCAAUUCCGGAUUCCUAAUUUUCUCGUACGUUUCGGAAACACGCGUUUCACCACCUGCACAUAUACGUAAUACAGAGAGAUAAUAGAGAGAGAGAGUGAGAGAGAGAGAGAGAGAGAGAGAGAGGGAGGAAGAGAGAAAAGAUAGAAGAGAGGAAGCGUGCGUGUGUGAAGUGUGUCUAAAAGAGGAGGCCUCUGUUAAUCAGAGACACGAGAGACAUUAGAGAGAGAGAGAAGGAAGGAAGGAGGGAAGGAAGGAAAGAGGCAUAUAGGACUUGUAUGUAAAUAAAUUCACGUUAUAUAAAAAAAAAAGAAAGAGAGAGAAGAAACAAAUAUACGAAGGAGUUUAAAUAAAAGAGUUCUAUGAGCUGCGGUGAUUUGUAAAGGGAGAAACGAGAAUCAGUCCAUCUAAGAAUCUGGGCCCGAUGGUACACGUAGACAUCUAUCUUAAAGUGCUUCUUAUUUCAGUGUGUUUAGAAGUAACGCGUAUGUGAUAUAUACUAUAUGACGAGGUGUUUUUCUAGGCGUUGAGAGAAAGCGGGAGAGAAAGCGAGAGAGCGAAAGGAAGUAAGCGCUAGAGGGAGAGAGAGAGAGAGAGAGAGAGAGCGAGUGUAUGUGAGAAAGAGAGAAAGAGAGAGUGUGCGCAUGAAAGAGAAAGAAAGAGAAAAAUGGCGAGGAGAGAUGUAUAGUAUCACUCUCUUCGACGAAUUUCAAAUAGAAACGACGAUAGACGCGGCGAUGAACUCGACGAUCCUUUGUUCACAAGAAUUCAUCGGUCGUGCUUUUAUAAAACAAUCGUAACCGCUUCCCUCCA